CUCCACUUUACUAUCGCUAACCCCAAACCCAAAACUAAAGAAACUCUCGUCUUAUGAAUAGUUCUACUACUCCCUUCCAUUUCACCCUAACUCACACCUCUCCCUCUCUGUAAUCCACCCAUACCACACAGGGUUUUUGAGUGACUUGCGAUGGAUUAUGCGGCGGUUGGUUUCGAUGGCAAUGGCGAGGGAGAGAGCAAGAGAGUCAGUGAAGGGGUUUCUGAGGAGACUAUAAUGGGGUCUGAUAAAUUGAAGGGUUUAGAAGUAGAGGAGGUUUUUCAGGAGGCAAUGGAGCCACGGGAGUAUGUCUAUGAUCAAGGAUCCGAACUCAAUCCGGAGGAUGUUGUAAUUGAUAAACACCAAGAUACCGAUACCGGUGUUGCAUUGAUUUCAUCAUUGGUGGAUGAAAGUUCGGAUGCGGCGAAGGAACCUGGCUUCUCUGAGGAGCCUUUUGCGGCGGAUACCGAGUCUGGGAUACUGGGGGAAACUGAUGAGCUGGGAAUUAAUAGUGUUCAGCUGGAUGGUGUUGAUACUGGCGUGUCUGGAGAUGGGGAAUUUGGGGAUGUGUCCCAUGGUACGGGGGAGGAUAAUCUGGAGAGUAGUGAAUGGAGUGGUGGAAAGGAAGAGUCUGGUUUAAAUUCUGAUAGAGAGAUGUUAGUCAAGGAGAAUGGUGCUAAUGUGGAUGGAAACUCUGGUUUGGUGAGUGAGAAGGCUGAAAUUGAUGAUUCGGAAUUCAUGACUCCUAGAGCAAAUGGUGAUAUAAUAUUAGACACUGGAAGCAUAGACAAGGUGGAUGGGGUUGCUACUGAGGCUACUAUGGAAUCUGAAUCCAGUGAGGUGAUCCCAACCCAAGGUACUGAUGCUGCUGAGGAUUUGAAGGAGUUUGGCUCAGAUCCUGAGUUUGGAGAUGACAAAAUAGAGGUAAAUGCUUCAGCUAAUCCUUCUGGUGAGAUUCAAGAUGAUACAUGUGAAGUAGUAAACGACAAUUCAACUCACAUGAUUUUAGAACCUCAAGAUGAAGUAAUCAGGGAUAUUGUGAAGGAUGAUUCUCUGGGCACUGACAUAAACCACGAGGAUAGAAAUGGGGAAGAAAUUAGUGUCUGUGGUCAGAAUACUGAAUUAAGAGAUUAUGGAAAUGGGGAUUCCUUUUUGGAAAAUUCCUCUAUUAAUGAGACUCAGCCUAUUCAGGAGGCUAGUGCAGCUAAUCCAAAGGAAGCAAGUAAUAAGGAUGACCAAUCUAAGAUUUCUGAUGAAGAGCAUAUAGAUCAUGGCAACUCUUCUGUGGUUGAGGAGCCUGAAAGGAUACAGGAGAAUAUUAUACAACAGAUGGAAACCACUCAAGUGACUGGAGAGCAUGAUCAGCCUGCAGCAAAUAUUUAUUCUCCAUCUGAAAGGUCUGCUGGUACUGGGCCUCCUCCUGUUCGCUCUUCAAAUGAAAGAUCUGCUGGUGCUGGGCCCCCUCCUGUACGUCCAGCUGGCCUUGGUCGUGCAGCCCCAUUGCCGGAACCAGCAUCUCGGGUAGCCCAGCAGCCUCGCACUAAUGGUACUGUAUCUAAUAAUCAGUCUCAGCAAAUGGAGGACUCCUCAACUGGGGAGGCUGAGGAGUAUGAUGAGACGCGUGAGAAACUUCAGAUGAUCAGGGUGAAGUUUUUACGGUUGGCUCAUAGGCUUGGCCAAACUCCCCAUAAUGUUGUUGUAGCUCAAGUUUUAUAUAGAUUAGGGCUGGCUGAGCAACUCAGAGGAAGGAAUGGAGGGCGUGUUGGUGCUUUUAGCUUUGAUCGUGCAAGUGCAAUGGCUGAGCAGCUUGAAGCUGCUGGUCAGGAGCCACUUGAUUUUUCUUGUACAAUAAUGGUCCUUGGAAAGACUGGAGUAGGUAAAAGUGCUACCAUCAAUUCUAUUUUUGAUGAGGUUAAGUUCAAUACCAGUGCUUUCCACAUGGGAACCAAGAAGGUUCAGGAUGUUGUGGGAACAGUGCAGGGCAUUAAGGUACGGGUCAUUGAUACGCCGGGACUUCUGCCUUCCUGGUCAGACCAGCGAAGUAAUGAGAAGAUCCUGCUUUCUGUUAAGAACUUCAUUAAGAAAACGCCACCUGAUAUUGUGUUGUACCUUGAUAGGUUAGAUAUGCAGAGCAGGGAUUUUAGUGAUAUGCCACUCUUACGCACAAUUACAGAAAUUUUUGGGCCAUCCAUUUGGUUUAAUGCCAUUGUGGUUCUGACUCAUGCCGCAUCUGCUCCUCCUGAAGGCCCUAAUGGUACUGUUUCCAGUUAUGACAUGUUUGUUACUCAGCGGUCACAUGUUGUACAGCAAGCCAUUCGUCAAGCAGCUGGUGACAUGCGUCUCAUGAAUCCUGUAUCAUUGGUGGAGAAUCACUCUGCAUGCCGAACAAAUAGGGCUGGUCAGAGAGUGUUGCCUAAUGGUCAGGUUUGGAAACCUCAUUUGUUACUUCUAUCUUUUGCCUCCAAAAUUCUGGCUGAAGCAAAUGCUCUUCUCAAGUUACAAGAUAGUCCACCUGGGAAGCCUUUUACAGCUCGAGCAAGAGCACCUCCAUUACCUUUUCUUUUGUCAACCCUUCUCCAAUCAAGACCGCAAUUAAAGUUGCCAGAGGAGCAGUUUGGUGAUGAGGACAGUCUUGAUGACGACCUUGAUGAAUCAUCAGAGUCUGAUGAUGAAACUGAACAUGAUGACUUACCACCAUUUAAACCUUUAACUAAGGCCCAGUUGGAAAAGCUGUCUAAAGCUCAUAAGAAAGCAUAUUUUGAUGAGUUAGAGUAUAGAGAAAAGCUUUUAAUGAAGAAACAAUUGAAGGAAGAAAAAAAGCGACGGAAAAUGAUGAAGAAAAUGGCAGAAUCAGCAAAACAUCAGCCGAUGGACUAUAGCGAAAAUGUGGAAGAAGAAAGUGGGGGUGCAGCUUCUGUUCCUGUUCCCAUGCCAGAUUUGGCCCUGCCUGCUUCUUUUGAUUCAGACAAUCCCACUCAUCGGUAUCGAUAUCUUGAUUCAUCAAACCAGUGGCUUGUAAGACCUGUUCUAGAAACUCAUGGAUGGGAUCAUGAUGUGGGUUAUGAAGGGUUGAAUGUAGAAAGAUUGUUCGUUGUCAAGGACAAGAUACCUUUAUCUUUCACGGGUCAGGUUACUAAGGAUAAAAAAGAUGCGAAUGUUCAGAUGGAAAUAGCCGGUUCACUUAAGCAUGGGGAAGGGAAAGCAACUUCAUUAGGUUUUGAUUUGCAAACUGUGGGGAAGGACUUAGCUUAUACGUUACGCAGUGAGACAAGAUUUACUAAUUUUAGAAGAAAUAAUGCAACUGCUGGCCUCUCGUGUACUUUACUUGGUGAUGCUUUAUCAGCUGGAAUGAAGAUUGAAGACAAAUUGGUUGCUAGUAAGCGAUUCAAAUUAGUUAUAAGUGGUGGUGCAAUGGCAGGGCGUGGCGACAUUGCUUAUGGUGGCAGUUUGGAGGCCCAAUUGAGAGAUAAGGAUUACCCUCUAGGUCGUUUCUUAUCCACGCUUGGGCUUUCUGUUAUGGAUUGGCAUGGAGAUCUUGCUGUUGGGUGCAAUGUGCAAUCCCAGAUCCCAGUUGGAAGACAUACAAACCUUGUUGUGCGGGCUAAUUUGAACAACCGAGGGGCAGGACAAAUAAGUAUCCGUUUGAAUAGUUCAGAACAGCUUCAAAUUGCUUUGAUUGCUCUCGUCCCUCUCGUAAGGAAACUUGUUGGUUAUCCUCAACAAUUGCAGUUUGGGCAAUGAUGAUGAUGAUGAUAUUGUUAGUUUAAUUGAGCUUCAGCACUCGCAUGGUAAUAGGGAAUGACUUAAAGAUGGCAUCUUUCAUGAAAUGAGUGAUAGUGAAUUUCGUUAUGUUUGCUAUACUCAAAUGUUUGUCUCAUUUGAUCAUAUAGUUGUAGUUUUUCCUGCUAGCUGUUUUCUUCUGGUGUUUUUGUUCUAUUAUGAUGCUGAACUCCAAGUAUUACAUCAUUUUAUUCUUGUCAUCUGCGUAUAUGUUUAAAUUUUACCUUGUAAAUUCUUCUCCUUUUU